AUGCUUAACUAAGCCUUUCUCUUCACCGUACUUGAGGAACGCUUCCACAAAAUCUACCAAGGGAAUGUUCUUGUCUUGGAAUCUAUAUAAUACUUCAAAUUAAAAAACAUUAGAACUAUAAUUGUUGUUGGACAAUAAAGUCAUACUAAAUAUACAGACUAUGUUACCUAUCAUAGAGUAGAUGAUAACAUUGGAGAGGCUAUCAAAACUUUUGAGAAGACUUGCCUGUUGAUUUAGAAUGAAAUCAAUCGUUCUUCUGUAUUAGUAUGUUGUUAGAAUGGACUAAAUUGGAGUGCAGCCAUAACUAUUGCAUAUUUAAUGAAUACUAAGAAGUGGCAAUAUGAGAAGGCCUUUUAUCACAUAAAAUCUUUGAAAAGUUUGGUAAAUCCGUCGUUAGCUCUAAAAAAAUAGUUGAUUUUAUUCAAUAACAAAGUUCAUAAUACUAAAACUUUUAAUCAAGAGAACAAAUUAAAUCAAUCUAAUUUAAUUAUUCAAUCAAAGUUCUAAUAAAGAAUUAUAGAAUAAAGUGAAAAAUUGUAAUAUUUGAAUGAUUCUAUAUAAUCUAGAGAUGAAAGAAAUUCAACCAAUUCUAAUUAAUGUGAUAAGACUCCUAAUUUUUGUUCCCCAAAAAAUACUAAUAUAAAUAAGAAAACUAUUGCUUAAUCUGAGACAAAAAUAAUGAAAAAGUAGAGUAUACCAAAAUUAGCAAGACAUUUAAGAAAUUAUACAUUCUAAAUUGAAGAUGGAAAUAACAAUAUUAAUCUUAAUACUAAUGCUAAUAAUUUUAUUAAUUAACCAAUUAUAUGUAACUCUCCAAAAUUCAAAGAGGAAGAAGAACCUGUUGUUUUAAGGCAUAGAAAAAGAAGAUUUGCACAUAGAACUUAAAAGUGCAAUUAAUAAUGUUUGAUUUUUAAAGUGUUUAAAUUUAUACACUUUUAUUAUUAUUUUCUAAAUGGUUCUAAUAAUCAUUAUAUUCAUAAUUACUAGUGUCCAAGCAAAUAACAUCAUCUAUAGAAAAAUCUACAAAAGAAAUAUUAGGAUGAAUCAAUUAAUGAUUCUAAUUCGAUUAAAUUAACUCCAAAUGUCAGAACUCAAAUGUUGGGAGUAUCCAAAAUAUCAGACAUUAAAGUCUACAAUGAUUAUUCUGUGGAUUCGCAGAUAUUUGAUAAGAGCAGCAUCCUGGAGUAAUCGCUAGAAUAAGAACUGAGAAUAUGGAAGGAACAAUACAAAGUAGAUCCUCAAGUGGUCUAAAAAAUAGAAUUAUGUAUUAUGAUGAUAGUUACUUUCUAGAAAUAAGAAAUAUUGAUAAUCAAAUAACUUAAUUGGCAACAUAAUUUGAAAUCUGCAUCAAUCUACAAUAAAAAACCUAAUCUUAUUUUUAAGAAUUUCAAUAAAUUGUCAAAGGAACCACUUUUACUAAGUUUUCAAGGUCUAACUGUAAGAAAACUGCCCUUAGAACAAUCUUCUAUUGUCCAUUCUUGGAUGCAAUAUGCUGGAAGUCCAAAUCUUCUAAAUUUCCUUCCUCCAAAUAAAUUAUUCCAAUAGACCAGAUAAUUCAGAUACACACUAAUUAUUCCAAGUAUUUUCUUUCAUCAUAGUCAUAGAUAUAAAUUGUUUAAGAAAAACUUUGCAAUUCCUAAAUAGUACAAUGAAGAGUUUUUCUUUGCAAUUGAAGGACGCAAUGGAUAUCGAUUAGAAUUGAUUGCAGAAUCUAAAUAAGAAUAAGAAUUAUACAUAAGAAUCUUAAAUCAAUUAAUUGAAAAUAAUCAAAAAUCUUUUAAUAGCUCUUUUUUUAUUGAGUAAUAUUCAUAAAAUAUAAACUAAAUUAAAAAGAACCUAGACACUUCCAAAUUGUGUUUUAUAGAGGCCAUAGAAAAAUUACAAUAUAAUUUCAUAUAAAACACAACAUCUAUAUUGUAACAUGAAAAAGAGAAGAAUAUCUUAUUAAAGAAGAGAUCUUGUCAUAUUAUAAAUUAGAAUAAAUAAUAAAUUGAUGAAUUGGGUUAAUAAAAUCAUUAAUAAAAGAAAAUGAUUCAAGAAUUAUAAUUACAGAAGGAAUACUAUGAAUAAAGGAUUGUACAAUUAUAGGAAUUUUAUAAUGUAAGAACAAUGCAGUUUAAAACAAGUUAAAGUCCCUAACUUUCAUAAAUCAAUCAAAUCUUGAAAGAUAUUAUUGGUUUAGACGGUGAAAACAGUGUAUAUAAUGAAUCUUUGAUUGAUGUAUAAGUCUAAUAAGUAGAUCAAUAUUAAGAUUCUUUGAAAAAUCUUAGAAAAGUUUAAGAUAUUUUAGUCAAUUAAUAAAACUUAGAAAUAAACUUAAGAACUAAAAUGGAAAAGCUAUAAAUUGAAAAUUCUAAUUUGUAAUAAUAAAUUAAAAAGUUAUAAACAGAUAUCAACGAAUGUGAAGGUAUAAAUUAAAUGUUACAAAAAAAAUUAAUUGAUUUUAAUUUAAAUAUGGAAUCAAAGGAAGAAUAGUUUAAUACUGUUAUUAAAGAGAUUUAGAGUUUAAAAUAACACCUACCUUGUCGAAUGAGCACAUCGUAUUCAUAAUCAGAAUAUUCAAUUAAGUUGAAUGAACAAGAUCAAACUCUUCUUAAUUUUUAUAUUUAGAUUAUAGCAUUUGUGUUUUUCAUACUGGUUCCAGAAGAACUAAGCAAUGAAUUUGAAUAAAUUAUGUAAGGAUUCUUUGUUAAGAUAAGUACAAAAUAUGGAGAUUUGCUACAAAUAUCCUUAUUGAUAAAAUAGAUAAAUAAAGUUUAUCAGAGUUUAGAAUAACAAUACAAAAGUAAAGUAGAAUAAUUGUUUAAAGAAUAAAUCUAUCAUUACUUCAAUUAUCUUCAAAAUCCUAAUAAAAAGGGCUUUCCUUCCCCUGCAAGCACUUAAAAUUCAAAUAAACUACUAUUAGUGGAUAAAACAUUUUCAUCCCCCAAUAACAAGAUAUUUGUUAAGAACAGUGCUAAAUUUUAUAAGAGAGAAGCUUUCUAAUCAUUAGAUCCUCAAUAGAUUAAAUAUUUAUCAUAAUUAGUUAAAUGA